AUGAACCCUCCUGCAAUACCCAAAGGCUUGUUGGGUGUUUUUAGUAAACAAUCGGAGGAUGGAGGGGAGUUAAUCCGUUCAGAUGCUACAUUAGUGAAAAGAAGGGGAAGACCAUCUCGGAAAGAAGUAAUGGAUGUUGAAGAAGCUCCCCUUUCUCCAAAGGCAUCGACAUCUACAUUUCCAAAUGCCACUGAGAAACUUACGCAACCCAUCGAACAACCAGGUGUGGCAUGUUUGGCACCAAAGAGACCACACUCUCAAACAAAGGCUACUGAUUCUUCAUCACUGACUGCCGGUCAAACUUCCCAGUCGGUUAAUGGGUAUGUCCAGGAGUCAGACACAGGAAUAGCAAAACUAGACAGUAACAACAACAAUGACAAUGCUCCCGCAUCGUUGGUCUACCUUCAGAACAACGGCCAAUUGGUACCAGUAGUGGCUAUGCCACAAACUCCGCCUAACUAUAUUGAUGACAUCGUUGCUGUCGGUUUUGUCUUUGUCGCUCAUGGGAGGGUCCAAGGUGUACGACACUAUUGCACUGAUGUUGAGGAGUUUGAUGUCGAAAGAACUGCGCCUACAAUUUACUGCGCAAAUCCCCAAAGAGGGGAAGAUGGUGUUCAAAAAUACGAAUUUCUUCCAAGUGGUUCAAGACGCUGUCCGGCAGCGGCCACGUUGGAAAAGGUCUCUACGUCGGAAAUUUUAAGGGUAGUUGGGAAUUUGUUCACCCGUACGGCAGAUGAAAAGGGUGGUCGUGAAAAGCGCCAAGAGGACGCGGCAUUAAAAAAAAUUGCAUUUGAAGAAUAUAAAAAGUCGCACCCCGAAAAAAUCUUCUACGCCUUUACCGAUGAUUUCACCCACAUCCAGAAGACUGCUUACAGUAGCUCCCCCAUCAGUGCCACUUGCUGUCCCGUCAACUUCGACGACCUCGUCAAGCCCACCGAUUGCCUCUAG